UGGUGGAGGCGCUGCGAGAUUGGGUGCAGCGGUGCUUGCCCUUCCCGCGCUCUCCUGCUCGGCCCGCGCCGCCAUCGCCAUGCUCGUCCUGUUCGAGACCGCGGCGGGGUAUGCCAUAUUCAAGGUUUUGGAUGAGAAGAAGCUCCAAGAAAUUGAUAGCUUAUGGAAAGAAUUUGAAACUCCUGAAAAAGCGAAUAAAGUCGUGAAACUGAAACACUUUGAGAAGUUUCAAGAUACAACAGAAGCUCUUGCAGCAUCCACAGCCCUGGUGGAAGGCAAGAUUAGCAAAAACUUGAAGAAAAUCUUAAAGAAGAUAGUAGCCAAAGAUGCCCAUGAACAGUUGGCUGUAGCAGAUGCCAAACUCGGAGGUGUGAUCAAGGAUAAGCUGAACUUAAGUUGUAUCCACAGUCCAAUGGUCACGGAACUGAUGAGAGGCAUUCGCUCCCAGAUGGAAGGGCUUAUCACCGGUCUUCCAUCACGGGAGAUGGCAGCUAUGUGUUUAGGACUGGCACACAGCCUUUCUCGAUACAAGCUGAAGUUCAGCCCAGACAAAGUGGAUACCAUGAUCGUCCAAGCAAUCUCCCUUCUUGAUGACUUGGACAAAGAACUGAAUAAUUAUAUCAUGCGCUGUAGAGAAUGGUACGGCUGGCAUUUUCCUGAACUGGGCAAAAUUAUCACAGACAAUCUAACAUACUGUAAAUGUGUACGGAAAAUUGGAGACAGAAAAAACUUUUCCUGUUCUGAUCUGUCUGAAGUCCUUCCUGAGGAAGUUGAAGAGGAGGUGAAAGCAGCUGCUGAGAUCUCCAUGGGGACUGAAGUGUCGGAAGAAGACAUCAGCAACAUACAGCACCUCUGUGACCAGGUGAUUGAGAUCUCAGACUAUCGUGCCCAGCUGUAUGAUUAUCUGAAGAACAGAAUGAUGGCCAUUGCACCGAACCUCACGGUCAUGGUGGGAGAGCUGGUUGGAGCCAGGCUUAUCGCUCACGCAGGCUCCCUGCUGAAUCUGGCCAAGCACCCUGCAUCAACAGUUCAGAUUCUUGGCGCAGAAAAAGCCCUCUUUAGAGCACUGAAGACAAAACGUGAUACGCCCAAGUUUGGUCUGAUUUAUCACGCUUCUCUCGUGGGGCAGACAACAGCGAAAAACAAAGGGAAGAUUUCGCGGAUGCUGGCCGCAAAGACAGCCUUGACAAUUCGCUACGAUGCACUUGGGGAGAGCACCAGCGCAGAGAUGGGGGCUGAGAACAGACUGAAAGUGGAAACAAGGCUGCGGCACUUGGAGGAAAAAGGGAUAAGACGGAUAAGUGGCACAGGAAAAGCCUUGGCCAGAGCAGACAAAUAUCAGCACAAGAGUGAAGUGAAGACAUACGACCCUUCUGGAGAGUCCACACUCCCUCUGGUCCCAAAAAAGAGAAAAGAGGUGGAAGAAGAUGAGACAGUGGUGCCAAAAGCAAAGAAGGCUAAAGUAGUAGAAAUCAAAGAAGAAGAGGCGGAAGAGGAGGUGGAUCAGGAGCAAGAUGACAGAGAACAUGUCAAGAAGAAGAAGAAGAAAAAGGAGAAGAAACAGAAAGCUCAGGAAGAGGCUGCUUUGGUAGAAGAAGAGGAAGAGGAGCCGUCGACUAGCACAGUAAUGGAGAGUACAGAAAAGAAGAAGAAGAAAAAGAAAAAAAUUAAAGUAGAGCUAGAAGAUUGAGUUUAAGAAGAGGAAGGCACAGUCUCCUUGGAUGGUCGCAUCACAUUUGUUUUCCUGGAACACUGGCUUCUGAAGUAUACUUUGACCCCUGGUUUGGGAAGACUGAGGAAUUCAGUGCACUUCCUUGGGACCUUUUAAAUAAUACUCAGCUCUGUAGUUUAACUUCUUAGUUUAAUCACUGCCCUGACAGUAGCUUUGGUUAGUAGUAUGUUCUGUAUUACUGUUACAGCAGGCCUCUUUAAGAUGCUGACUUAGACUGAAAAAGCAUUAUAUAAAUGUUCUGAAAUCAGUACAUCACUUCUCAGUGGAAGAAUUGCUUCCUGUGAGAUUUUGAGUCUUACAUAAAACAUUACUACUUUUGUA